CCAUCCAUAUCUUCAGUUUAUUGAUGCUGUGUAUCUUUGCCGUAAAUCAUCUAUUGACCUUGAUGAAGAGGCAUUUGCGGACAUACUUGGUGGCCCAGAGGGAACGCUUGCAACUGAUUUGCAUGCCAUAUUUAUAGCAGGACUCAGCAUUCUUAGUAUAGCCGGUGGAGAUGGACUUGUUGAGAAGCUAUAGCAGCAAUCCUUGGUACCAAACUGGAUUGUACAGAAAUUUCUUCACAGAAUGGAGCAUCCGCAAACUGGCAGCUGCUGCGAAGGCUGUCGGCAUGGACAUCUGGCGUUAUAGACAUAAACAAGUCGUAAAUCGAGUGUGGGAUUUGCAUCAAGAUAAAUUGGUGAACGAUAUCGACGCCAGGGAAGUCGCAUUUAUCACACACAAAUGGGGUGAUGUUGAAGUAAGUUAUCAGGAUACAAUAAACAAGAAAUGGUGGAUAGGUCAGCCAAUUAGUGGAAUGUCAGACAAACUUCGCCGAAUCAGUAGGACUUUACGGAAGCAUACACAGUAUGUAUGGAUGGAUACAAUUUGCAUCGACAAGUCGAAUAUGUCGGAGCUUGAUGAAGCCAUUCGAUCAAUGUACAAGUGGUAUGCCAGCUGUGCUGCUGUUGUUCUGGAUUCUGAUACUCCUCUGAGUACAUGGUGCAAGAGAGGCUGGUGCCUACAGGAAGGUGCUGCAGCUGGUGUUCUGUAUGGAAUUUCGAAAGAAGGAAACCUGUUGACAAUACAAGAAUUAGCCAAUGAGCAGCACCAUAAUCUCUGUACUCUCGACCUUCACCUAUAUUAUCGACAAGGGAAUGCAGCUGAAAUAUUGGCGAGAAUGGCCGUUCGAGAGACAACGCGCGAAGAAGAUAUGGCUUAUGCGUUAGCAGGAAUAUUUUCGAUACACCUGCCAUUGGCGUAUGGAGAAGGACUCGAAUCUCGUGAACGACUAUUGCAUCAGCUGGCAAUCCGUAAAGGCGAUCUGUCCUUCUUAAGUUUCCAGAACACCCCAGUAAACUCUUCAAGUUACUUGCCAACUGUUCAUGACACUAACUAUACGAUUGCUGUCUGUAAAAGAGCUUCAGUGCCGAUUACCGUUAGUCAUUUCGGUAUAUGUUUUCGGGUAGAACUUAUCAACGGACAGGACAUUCUUAGGAGUAGACGCCCUGAUAGAUGCGGCAGAGAGAGCUGGAAAAUAUUCAAGAUCUUCCUCAGUGCAUCUGGCUAUCAUCCAUGACAUCAAAUCCCUCAUGCUAGUGGAAGUAGAUGACACCUUGGUGGAAACAUACGAUGCUGAUGGGCAAAGGUGGGGAGAGCGACCAAUUAAAAUUUGCUAUCGAUUACAGUGUUGUCAGAUAGAAGAAAACGAAUUCAAUAGGCUAUUUGACGAGACCGAUGCUGAAUUUGAAAGAAUCUGGUUAGGCGACAAGCCAGUGGGAGUAGGAACCAAAAAAGUUAAAUGGAAGUCAGUUGCGAAGCCGUAGACUAAAUAGAUAUCGAUUAUCAACCUCUUUUAUAUUCAUUGUAUUCACUUGCUGCUUGUUUCGUGUUCAUUCAUUGCCUCACAUCUCCCUAUAAACGCUUUUCUUUAAAUCAAUAGUACGGCACCGCAGUAUAUAUUUGUCACACAAGGUAUUACUUGAACAAACC